AUGCCCGGCUUUCCAUUCGCCGCUGAGGACAACAAUGUCCACCUCUCCAAACCGGGAGUCGACAACGGCCACUUCUGUACCUCAGAGGUCCGGCCGAGGAAGAAGGCAACGGCAUCGACCAGCAGGACAAUCGCCCUGCCGAAGGACCGUUAUAAGGCACCGCCAAAUCUCGCUGCCGGGUUCACCAGUCUUGAUAUAUCAUGCGAACGUUCUAUCCGUGCCAACAUCAUCGCUGACAGCAUCACCACGACCAAGUUCCGGAUUGGAGUAGAGACCUGGGGGACCAGUCGAUUACUUGAAGCCAGCGCGGUAUGGAUCGAGCACAAGGCCGACGCGAAGGACUGUGUGUUUGGUCAAUUCGACACCAAAACAAAUCCCAUGAGCAGGCUAGGGAGUCCUACCAAAGGCGGCACUCUGAAAAGAACGAAUACUCAACCCGGCGAACUACUACCCCAGAAACACGCCAAGCCCUUCUUCUUCCCCAAACCCUUCAGCGAGCCCCCCGAAGUAGUCUGCUGGCUCAACCGACUCGACCUGACCAGUGGACCGGACUACGAUUACAAGAUCCGCGCCUUCGCCGAUGAAAUCAACACGGAGAGCUUCCUGGCCCACAUCAACACCUGGGACAACGGCCGCAUGCCCGGAGCAGCCCUCUGCUGGAUCGCCUUCCCCAAAGGCAAGAAGAACGUCGACAGCGGUCGAUUCAGCACCAAAGAUGUCCGGAAACGGACGAAUCCCAGGCCUAAGACGACGUCGAGGAUUAAAUUCAAGAAGCGGUUUGAGAAGGCGCCGACUGUCCUCGCGGCUAUCACGAUGAUGGAUGCGGCGGGGAAUGCGGAUUUGAGGAUUAAACUGAACAUUAGCAAUGUGGACAAAGAUGGCUUCACGUGGACCUUUGAGACUUGGGAUGAUUCGACGCUGUAUGCUGCUUCGGCCCACUGGAUUGCGUUGGGAUCGACUAUUCAGAGCCGGUCUCAAGUCGUGACGCCGACUUGA